UUCAGGCGACGACAGCUUCCGGCCCCGGCCCCCGCCCCCAAUCCGAUCUAGGCGGGAACCUUCGUCCAAACUCCCAACGACCCGAGAUAGCGAGAUAACAAAACGACCAUGGAGUCUGUAAAGCCGCAGACACCGCAUGGCAGCGGUUUCAGGCAAUACCUGCCCGAUCUCAGCAUCCCUCGCUUCACCGCGAUGCAGCAGCAGGACGCGCACGUCUAUGCAAAUGAGUUCAAGGAGAGCGGCCGGCCACCGUGGCUACAUGGGCUGUAUCUGCACUGGAAGAAGCUGUACGAGGCACCAUUCCAGGGGGUCACCAACGAUGGCAAGGUCCGCGACGGCCUCUUCAGCCUCGAGGAUGAAGGGAUCCCGAUCGAUACCAUCACCGACGCCGCCAACGCCGUCCUCGCCGGCAUGAGCGAUCAGCAACGCCUCAAGACCUGCUACCACAUCGACUCGCCUGAGUGGCGGACCUGGUCCAACCCCGAGUUCCUGCUCAGCGACAAGGGCAUCCGGCUGGACGAGAUCACCCCGGAGCUGCGAGCUAGCGUCUUGAAGGUGCUAGAGACGACCCUCUCGCCCGAGGGCUACAAGAAAGCCGUCAGCGCCAUGCGGGUCAACCACUUCCUCGGCGAGCUGGUCCAGUCCCCCGCGGUCAUGAACGAGUUCUCGUACAACUUUGUCCUCUUCGGCGCGCCCUCCACCACUCGCCCCUGGGGCUUCUCCUUCUACGGCCACCACCUCUGCCUCAACAUCCUGCUCUACAAGACCCAGAUCGUCGUCUCCCCCUGGUUCACCGGCGCCGAGCCGAACCUCAUCGACGAGGGCCCUUACAAGGGCACCCGCAUCCUCGAGAACGAGGAGACCCUCGGCCUGCGGCUGAUGCAGAGCCUAGCUCCGGAGCAGCAGUCCAGGGCGCAAGUGUACAAGCAGAUGGAGGACCCAGCCAUGCCGCACGGCCGCUGGAACCACGACGACCAACGCCACCUCUGCGGCGCCUACCGCGACAACCGGAUCGUGCCGUACGAGGGCAUCCUCGUCUCGGAGAUGACGCCCUCCCAGCAGGACGUCGUCCUCGCCAUCUGCGGCGAGUACCUCCUCUACCUUCCAGAGCAGGCGCGGCGGCAGCGGCUGGAGCAGAUCCGCGGGUGGUUCGGCGAGACGUACUUCUGCUGGAUCGGCGGGUUCGGCGACGAGGACCCGUUCUACUACCGCGUGCAGAGCCCCGUCGUCGUCGCCGAGUUCGACCACCACUCGGGCGUGUUCCUGACCAACGGGCAGCCGGCAAAGUUCCACAUCCACACCCUGCUGAGGACGCCCAACGGCGGGGACUACGGCGUCGCGCUCAGGGCGCUGGUGCCGGGCGUGGAGCAGGGGUACCUGUGGGAGGGCGUGAGGGAGUGAGGGCGGCCGGCCGGGCACGGUCGUGGGACGGAGUAAACCCAUAUAUUUAACUUACAAGUACCUAGUCUAAUUUGAUGGGAAUUUCUCCAGGGGCAUGCGCUAGGUAUUUUCUCCGCAGGCAGUCGGUUAGUGUAUCACAGGUGGCAGUUGCUGUCCAUCGCUAUUGAUAUUGCUGUCUAUC